UUGGAAAAUACAUACACUCACGGAAAAAUUCACUUUUAGCCUUUUCCCCCUUCGCGCGCGCCUUUUCAGGGUAAAAAUAACACUUUUUUUUUCUUCAACGACGAUUUUAGAUGAUUCUUCUUGCCACAGAAGCAAUUUAUUGUGUAUAGUUUUCUACAUAUUUUUUUUUUGUUGCUCAUCAACUUUUAAUUGGAACAUGUGUAUGUAUGUUCGGAUGAUCGAAAAGAAUAUUGCUCAAGGGGGCUCAAAGGGUGUGGAAUUUUGUGACCAGAUAUGGUAUGGAUGGUUGGAUGAGAGAGGAAAUCCGACACAGAAUUGUGUCUGAAGGGUUCAGGGAAUGGUUUUGGGAUGAGGAGAGGUGGUCAAGGGAUGGGAAUUCGCGCGGGAAAAUGUCAAAGUGAAACAGUGCAGAAAUGCAUGAAAUGAGGUGGAAUUUGACGGAAGUGAUCAAUUAGUGCAGAGGAUGUGGGGGUGUCAGGAGAGGUGUUGAUUGAGAAAAAAGUGUCUACACAUCUUCCCGCUAAUAUGCCGUAUUUCUCAGUUUUUACGAUCAAAUAUGGUGCUGUAUCGAACAGAAUAGUUAGUAUUCUGCAUCUCUUUUCCGUGGUGCCGAUCCAUGUAUGGGAUGCUCAGUUGAGGAUUCCUAUGGCUUGUGCGCUGCUUGUGUGUGUUUUUGUCUAUUUCGGUCGGCGACGGUGGCAUCGGGAUGCCACACCAGGCCAGACCCGAUCAAAAGAUCGGCUCCACCGACGCAAAGCAUAUAAAUAUUGCCAUAGGGACAAUCCAGAGCUCACUCGCAGUUCUGCAGUUCAGAGGCUGACACAGUGCCCGAUUUUAAAUUCUAGUGCUAACGGAAGACCCAAAAACAAAUCUCCAAAAUGUGUGACGAUGAGGUUGCGGCUUUAGUGGUGGACAAUGGAUCCGGUAUGUGCAAGGCUGGUUUUGCUGGAGAUGACGCUCCCCGCGCUGUCUUCCCAUCCAUUGUCGGUCGCCCAAGGCAUCAGGGUGUGAUGGUCGGUAUGGGUCAGAAGGACUCCUAUGUGGGUGAUGAGGCCCAGAGCAAAAGAGGUAUCCUCACCCUGAAGUACCCCAUUGAGCACGGUAUCAUCACCAAUUGGGAUGAUAUGGAGAAGAUCUGGCACCACACCUUCUACAAUGAACUGCGCGUCGCUCCUGAGGAACACCCAGUGCUCCUCACAGAGGCCCCACUCAAUCCAAAGGCCAACAGAGAGAAGAUGACCCAGAUCAUGUUUGAGACCUUCAAUGCCCCAGCCAUGUAUGUUGCCAUCCAGGCUGUGCUCUCCCUGUACGCUUCCGGUCGUACCACUGGUAUUGUCCUGGACUCUGGUGAUGGUGUCUCCCACACUGUUCCCAUCUAUGAAGGUUAUGCCCUUCCCCAUGCCAUCCUCCGUCUCGACUUGGCCGGUCGCGAUCUCACUGACUACCUCAUGAAGAUCCUGACUGAGCGCGGUUACUCAUUCACCACUACCGCUGAGCGAGAAAUUGUCCGUGACAUCAAGGAGAAGCUCUGCUAUGUUGCCCUGGACUUUGAGCAGGAAAUGGCUACUGCCGCUGCUAGCACAUCCCUGGAGAAAUCCUAUGAAUUGCCUGACGGUCAGGUCAUCACCAUUGGCAAUGAGCGCUUCCGUUGCCCCGAAUCUCUCUUCCAGCCAUCUUUCCUGGGUAUGGAAUCUUGCGGUAUCCACGAGACUGUCUACAACAGCAUCAUGAAGUGCGAUGUGGACAUCAGGAAGGAUCUGUAUGCCAAUAUUGUCAUGUCUGGUGGUACCACCAUGUACCCUGGUAUUGCCGAUCGUAUGCAGAAGGAAAUCACUGCUCUGGCUCCAUCCACCAUCAAGAUCAAGAUCAUUGCUCCACCAGAGCGCAAGUACUCUGUCUGGAUUGGUGGUUCCAUCCUGGCUUCCCUCUCCACCUUCCAGCAGAUGUGGAUCUCCAAGCAGGAAUACGACGAAUCCGGUCCCGGAAUUGUCCACCGCAAGUGCUUCUAAAUUUGCACUUUGCAUCCAUAUCCACCAUCAAACCCCCCCAAAACAAACCUUCUCAACCAUCGCCCCAAAUCUCACACAUCGAGCCAAAAAGAAAACGAGAAGAGAGAGGAAGAAAGAGAGAGAGGAGGGAAGGAGUUUAAGAUCAAGAGGAUAGGAAGAUUCAUCUAUUUAUUUUUCUAUUUCUAAUUUGUCAACUUAAGUUUAAAGAAAAAGAACUAAAAACCGUUUUUACCACCCAAAAAAAAAGAACAACCAUCCCCCACAUUAACAUCCCUGUGGGCACGACGUCAUCCUUCAAAGACUGCAUUUCAACAACAUCAACGCAAAGAAUGUCAAGUUUGAAGAAAGAAAAAAAUAUAUCUUAAAUAAAAAAAGGAGAAAAAUUUGAUCAUGUGAUUGGUAUUAUGUAAAGAAAUGAAUUGAAAUAAUAACGAAAAACAAAUUA